GCAUUACUCUUGCAAAUGGAUAUUAGAAAGUUAGUUGCUCACAGCAAGGAUAAGUCAGCAAGGAGGAAUGAGAGAGGUAAUUUAGGUAACCCACCUCGGCAACGUAAACCACUUUUAGGUCAUAACCUACAAGUUGAGAAACACUGAUUAAUUGCGUAACUAUGGCUGUCAAACGAUUAAAAAUUUUAAUCGAGUUAAUCAGCUUAAAAAUUAAUCGUAAUUUAUCGCAAUUCAAACCAUUUAUAAGAUAUGCCAUAUUUUUCUGUAAAUUAUUGUUGGAAUGGAAAGAUAAGACACAAGACGGAUAUAUACAUUCACCAUACUGUACAUAAGUACUUUGUUUAUUAUAACUAUAAAUCAACAAAACGGCAUUAAAAUUAUUAACAUUCUGUUAAAGCGAUCCAUGGACAGAAAGACUUGUACUUCUUAAAAGUUAGUACAAGUUAAAGAAAUUUUAUGAUAAGAAAUUUUAUGAUAAAACCCCUCUUAAUGUUUUAAUUUUAAUAAAAUUUGUAAAAUUUUCAAUGGAAAAAAAAUAAUUAGUGGCUCGCCAUUGUUGAUGUCAAUAAUUAACACAAUGGUCAUGGUGCUGAAACCCAUAAAAUCAGUCGCACCCGAGCGCCAGCAGAGGUUGACAAAACACCAAAAAACAAGUAACAAGUGAAGAUGACACUUUAAUCUGUUUGAGCGGGGCAUGUGCGUUAAAUGCGUCAAAUAUUUUAACGUCAUUAAUUUAAGAAAUUAAUUAUUGCCCGUUAACGUGAUAAUUUUGACAGCCCUAAUUUAUUUAUUUGACAGAAACUCUUUUUUUUUGUUUGUUUGUUUGUUUGUUUGAUUGUAUAUAGUUUAAAGGCUUAUUUCUGACUUUUUAUGAUACACAAGUGUCCAAAAAAAUAGAAACAGCCUGACAAUGGAGCUAAUAAAUAGGAGGGUUGGCAUGCGUAAAAUAAAAAAAUAAAAAAAACGUUUAAUUUAUACGUCAUGUCCCCAUUUGAAAUGAAUAACUUUCAAAGCAUUCCAGGCAAGGUUGGUGUGAAGUGAGUAAAGUCUAGUCGAGAGCACAUUUCCAAAUUGUCGCACAAUUGCCGAAUAGGAGCGCGUGAUUAAAGUUCCCUUCUUUUUUAAAAUGAAUUUCGGAGACAUAUGUAGAUAUCAUAUUUAAGUCUAGAUGAAUUAAGAGUGAGUCAGCAGCGUAUCUACUUGGGCGAGUCACUUCACUUACAAUACUUUUCGCUGAAUUAUUGGCGGAUUUACAAACAGGCUUAUUAAAAGAAAACGUAAUAACGAGACUAUGUCUAUGUUUCGGUCAAGUUGUUGACGUUGCUAAAAUGAAAAUUAUAAUUAGUUUUUUGAGCGCAGUAAUAAGUUUGAAAUUCUGUCUUUAAAAUGGCCGACAAGAGUCAACGUCCUUUCCCAGUGGUUAACAGCGUACAAUUGCAUCUAGUCUCGCAUAUAUAAUAUAUUUGAACGGGUACCACAACCAGCAGCGGUAGACAACCGAACAAGAGGCCUUAAAAAAAAACUUUCCCACUGCUGUUAGAGAGACGUGUUCGCUCAAAAUUCAGGACAGAAGGUUUCGAGAUUGGCCAUCGGUUAGCUUGUUCGAUUUAAAAUCGGCAAAUUGUGUUUUUGGGCGGAGAAAUAAGAUGUGCUGCUGAACCUCUUUCUUUCUUGGCUUCGAAAUGGGAGACUAAAUCAGGUUUGCAACAAUGAAGACUGCUGCAUGUUGUCUUGACCUACGAGUACUUGCUUCAGCAGCCUUAUGUACUCACCACUGAUGAUGCCCGCUCACCUUAGGGAAGGGUUCACACCUCUGCUGCUCGGCCUCCGCUGGCUGGGGACCAAGACGCUGGUCUCAACUGCCUCAUUAUGGGUCACAUGAAAUCUUCCCCGACGCUGAAAGGAAACAUCCUUAUGGCGAACGAUUCCCAGCUGCCUCCAAAUCCUAUACCAACGACGGUGUCCCCAGAGAGCCUUAACGGCAUGAGUCUAUCUUUGCAGGUGUUCUUCUGCUUUGUCAUGGUCGGCAUAUUGCUGUUUGCACUGUUAGGGAAUAUGGUGGUGUGCCUGAUGGUGUACCAGAGAUCGGCUAUGCGCUCCGCUAUCAACCUCCUCUUGGCAAGCCUGGCAUUUGCCGACAUGAUGCUCGCCAUUUUCAACAUGCCGUUCACGCUAGUUACUGUCGUGACCAUCAACUGGAUUUUCGGGGAGGUUUUCUGCCGGGUUUCGGCCAUGCUGUUUUGGUUUUUUGUGAUGCAGGGAGCGGCUGUUCUGCUUAUAAUAAGCAUAGAUCGCUUUCUCAUCAUCGUCCAGAAGCAAGAUAAGCUGAGUCCACAGAGGGCCAAAAUGCUCAUACUGGUCACGUGGGGACUUGCUUUCUUUUUCUCCUUUCCUUUAGCCGUCGGCUCCCCUGGCCUACAUAUCCCACCCAGGGCCCCUCAGUGCGUUUUUGGCUAUAGCCCUGAACCGGCUAACCAUGCUUACGUAUUGAUAUUAACGCUGGUAUUCUUCUUUAUACCCUUUAUGGUUAUGUUUUACACAUUCAUGGGAAUUCUAAACACCAUCCGCCACAACACAGCCCGCAUCCACAGUCACCCGGACGCCUUGUGCCUGAGCCAAGCCAGCAAACUGGGCUUACUGAGUCUCCAGAAGCCCUUUCAAAUGAACAUUGAUGUGAGUUUUAAGACGCGUGCCUUUGCCACUAUCCUCAUCCUCUUCACUGUGUUCACUGUGUGCUGGGCACCUUUCACUGCCUACAGUCUUGUAUCGACUUUCAAUGAUGAGUUCUACCAUAAAAGCAGUUUUUUUCAAUUCAGUACGUGGGUGCUGUGGUUGUGCUACUUAAAGUCAGCCCUCAACCCUAUCAUUUACUACUGGCGCAUCAAAAAAUUCCGCAACGCUUGUCUGGAGCUGAUACCAAAGUACUUUAAAAGUCUUGCUCAGCUGCCAGGCAACACAAAGAGGCGUAUACAACCAAGAGCUGUUUAUGUUUGCGAAGGGCAUUGGUCUGUGGUUUAAAAAGGACGUAACUUUUUUUUUUUUUUUUAAUUGAUUGUAUGUGCCAUUACUAUUCAAAACAGUACCCUAAUUUAGGGAUGUCCCGAUCGCAUAUUUUUGCACCUGAGUAGAGUCUCCUGAUUUUGAGAAUCUGCCCAUACAGAGUCCCGAUCCGAUACCGAAAACUUUGUUUGUUAUUAUUUGAACAAAAGUUUCGGACAUGUUGUAGUACUGGAUUUUAACAGUCCUCUUCCGCUUUUUCCGUGAGUGUUGCGAAGUAUAAAACGUAUAUAUUUUUGGUAUCUUUUGGCAAUGCCAUUGUAUUUCUGGAUUCUUUUGUUACUUUUUAGACCUUAAAAAGUAAAAAAAAUAUAUAUACAUUUAUCACGCCUCAAUGAUAUUGUGAAAAACUAACAUUGUGAUACAUUGUGCUAAGGCUCCACACUUACUUUUUGCAUUGGUUGCACCUUACUUUGUUCUUCAGGUGCACCAACACAAAAUGUAAGUGCACAGAACUGUGAAGUUGUAGUGCUAACCACUGUCCCUCCGUGCCACCGUCAUGAUGUGAAUUAUUUUUAAACAAGAAUAACGCACUUCAUUGAGUGCAUCCACUGAAAUUCACUCAUGCUUUGACGGUCACGCUGCUGAGAACAGCCUCUCACUUGAAUGAGCUGCCACAGACUGGUGUGUAACAAACUAAACGAUGAUUGACACUAGGCAUGUGCCCGUAUGAGAUUUUGACAGUACGAUAACCUGAAGCAAAAAUACUGCGGUUUCACGGUAUUGCAAUUAUAGCUAUAAAAUAUGUUAUUUUGAGAUGUAAAAAAAUUCUAUUUAACAGGAUUUUUCACAAAAUAUUUGCAAAUUGGAACAUCAACAUGAAUAUAGUGUUAAAAUAAAAUAACAAAAUAUAAAUAAGUAUUUUAAUCAAAUUGAUAUAAAUAAAAUUUAUAGAGCGGCACGGUGGCUGAGUGGUUAGCACGUCUGCCUCACAGUUCUGAGAUCAAGGGUUCAAUCCCGGGCUUCCGCCUUCCUGUGUGGAGUUGGCAUGUGUUCCCCGUGCCUGCGUGGGUUUCCUCCCACAUCCCAAAAACAUGCAUGUUUGGCUGAUUGAACACUCUAAAUUGUACGUAGAUAUGAGUGUGUGCGUGUAUGGCUGUAUGUCUCCUUGUGCCCUGCGAUUGGCUGGCAACCAGUUCAGGUUGUAGUUACCUGGGAUUAGCUCCAGCACCUCUGCGACCCUCGUGAGGAAAAGCGGCAUGGAAAAUGUAUGUAUGUAUAAAAUUUAUAGACUAAACCCACAGGCACAAAAAAAAGGAACUGGACUUAAACAAUAUGUGAUCAAAUUGAUUUUAUGUAAAAUACAUACCACUACUGCUAUUAGUAAUAGUUGAUUGAAUAUUAAUGGAUCGCGAGAGCAUGAGACAGAGUGCGUAUGUAUGACUUGUAUCAUUAUUUACAGAUUAUACACACACAGAUGGACCCUGUCUCAACACAGAAAGUCACCAGAGAAAAAAAACACAAGCUGUAUUAUGAAAAUGUUAUUUUGAACAGAUUUUUACAAUGGCGGAAGACUUCACAAAAGUAGGCUAAUGGUAGAGAGAAAACUAGUUAGGCGUCUUGGCAUGCUAACUAGCCAAGUUAUCUGCCUCGUUAACAACAAUGGGACAUAAAAAUUGUUAAUACCGUUCGACGGUAUGACGGAAAAUUUUAGUGGUUUUGAAACCGUGAUGCUUUCAUGCCACGGUAAACCUUGAAACCGGUAAACGGCACAUGCCUAAUUGACACAUUUGCGCCUUUGAUCGUAGAGCUACCGAGAUUUCUCUUGCUAGAUCAAAGCUACAAACCUGUCAAUCAUCGUUAACUUUAAGUACCAAACACCAGUUGGUGACCAAGAAAAAGCACAAGUUUGGUCGCACUGUUUAGCUAGCAGGAGGGAGGUGAAAGGCUGUAUGGGCAUGAAGCAGAAAAAUAUAUUUUUUUAAAUCAAAAACCCGAUCCUUUUCACCCGAUUCCGAUCCUCUGAAAAAUGGCGCGAUCAGCCCGAUUUCUGAUCACGUGAUUGGAUCGGGACAAUUAAAAGCAUUUCUUAUGCUGGUGAAACUAAUCAAACAAAAUCCAAUUAAAUCCAAUGUCAAAACAAGAACAAAAAAAAAAAUCAGUUUCAGAUCGGGACUUGGUAUCGGCAGAUUCUCAAAAUCAGGUGACUUGGACUCGAGUGCAAAAAUAUCUGAUCGGGACAUCACUACGAAUGACAUUUUGUUGUUCAAACAUUUGAAACAAGGACUGAUUACACUGGUCUACAAGCAAAAUGCUUCCUGGAUAAAAGUAGUGAGAUUUUACUAAAUUUGACUCAUUAAAAAAGAUAAAUGUGUUCAAAAGUGUCAAUUGUCUAUAGUUUUUGAGAUACAGUAUGUGGCCGGAAUGUAAAAAAAUCCAAGCAAUUUAGGCGAAAAUGAGUGUUAAUUGAAAUGGAAAUGGUUACUUCUGGGCAGACGUCGGUAAGAGUAGCCAAAAAAAUCUACUCAAUUAAGAGUAGUGUUCCUUCAAAAUAAAUUUCCUCAAGUAAAAGUAGUCAUCCAAAAAUGUACUCAAGUACAAGUAUAAAAGUUUUUGGUGAAAACAAUAAUCAAGUAAUGAGUAACUGCUUAUGUUUAAUUUAAUGACGCUGUGUGUCAAAUAUUUAAAUUUUUUACGGUGCUUUAAAGACACCACGUGAUUGAACAGGCCAGUACGAUCAUAGCACGGCAAGCUUGAGUUUGAUUGGUAGAAUGGAGUCAUGUGGUUAUCGUUGUGAUGUCUCAUUGGUGAAACUGGUAAAGCUACUGUUGGCAUUGCUGGCAAAAAAAUGUAAAAUCUAAUAAGUAGAAUGGAGAGGAAAAAUGUAGCGACUCUUGUGUAGCCCAAAUUAGCGGCGUAAGAGUAGUGUUUCUAAAAAAAAAAAAAAAAAAAAAAAAAGAGUAGUGUUUCUUCUUCACAGAUCUAGUCAAGUAAAAGUUAAAAGUAUGGCUUAAUAAAACUACUUUUAGAAGUACCGUAAUUUUCGGACUAUAAGCCGGUACCUUUUUCCCCUCAUUUUAAAUCCAGCGGUUUAUAGUCCAGUGCGGCUAAUUUGUUGAUUUAUUUGGGUUCAUAGUUAACGCUUUAUUUGACAGUGGCAUCAUAAGACCGUUAUAAUUAUGACAUGACAAUAUCAUGGGCAUUACUAAAUGCUUAUGACAGAUGUCAUUAAGUGUCAUCCGGCAAAUUAUGGCACUAACCCCAUUUAUGUCCAGCUAGAAUCUUUUACAUCCAUUCAAAAGUGAGAUAAUUUGCCGGAUGACAUUAAAUAACAUCUAUUAUAAGCAUUCAUUAAUGCUCAUGACCGUGUCAUGUCAUAAUCAUGAUUGUCUUAUGACAGUCUUAUGGCGCCACUGUCAAAUAAAGUGUUGCCAUAUACCAUAACUACCAAUUAAUGAAACAGCUGGAACAGUAACUGAAGAAAUAAAUGGCCAAAACAUGAAAUUUUGUUUGUUAUUUAUAUCUGUAGCGCUGCAAUGCAUGCAAGGAGGCAUGGUGAAUGACAAGUGUUGACAGCAGAGGUUGACUGUCUCCCCCAAGGGAGCACUGAUGGCCAAAUGAAGCAUCACGAAGCUUUGAAGCCAAUUGGUUCAAAACGUCAUGGUGGUUCAUUUGAUCUUCUGAUCCGCUGUUGCAUAAAGUGUUACCGGGUAAUAUCUUUUGGUGUAAAUAUCCCAUAAUACUGUGAGGACAGCUGCGGUUUAUAGUCCAGCGUGGCUUAUCUAUGAACACAUGUCGUUUUAGUGUCAAAUUUGGUGGAUGGUGGCUUAUAAUCAGGUGCGCCUUACAGUGCGUAAAUUAUGGUACAUUUUUCUCAAAACGUUACUCAAGUAAAUGUAACGCGUUAUUACCCACCUCUGCUUCUGGGAAAGCAUACCUACCUAAAAAUGGUCUACCAUUUCAGAAUAAAAUUGUAUAGGCAGGAGCUUUGACGUAAUAUGUUGGUUUUAAUGUAUUGCAUAAAUCCUGGUGUUUUCCGAGUGGGCAAAAACCAUUAAUGUACACACAUUUCUUACGCAUUGGCAUACUGUAUAUCCAUCUCAUAUCAAAGGUAGCAACAUGCAAAACUGAUAUACCGGUAAUUAGACCAAUGCAUCUUUGUAAUCAAACUUCAACAUUAAAUACCUUGAACAUUUUAGCCACCCUGCACGAAAAUAUUUUAUUUUCCAAUCCAUGUCACCACAGCCAUUUUUAUCUCUAAAGCAGAUAUUUUACAUUUUGUAGACCAGUGUUAUAAUCAGUGAAGGAUCAAUUGGAACAUCCCCACUGUGAUAUUGUUAUGUUGUUAUUAGGUUUUGUCUGACCUUUUUGAAUUUCAUAGGAAAAAUGUUUAUAACUGCAUAGUAAGUCAAACCUGCAUAGACUUUAUAGUGUAUCAUCAUUGAAUAUUAUCAGUUGUUUUAUUCAUGUGGCCAACAGUUUAUUUUUACUGACCAUCUUUAGAUGUGCCUGUUUAGCCAGAAUGCUGCUAUGUCUCAUGUUGAGAGUCUGCAAUAUUCGUGCACUGCAUUUACUGUACUGUUGAAUGUAAUAAAGAAAUAUACAUUUCUUACCUUGGUAAAUGGUCUUAUUGUUUGUGUCGUUUUGUGAGCUCGAGGGUGAUUUGGAUAUUUAAUCUAUCUGCAGGCGACCGGUAGAUCAGGAUUUUCACAACACUGUACGCUCAUGCACUGGUCCUCAUGGGAAAUGCAGUCUUUCUUAAGGCAAAACACUACCGCUUUUGUCCACCGAUGUCACUAAAAUGAACCCAAACUGAAAAUUUACAUAGUGUUGCUUUAAGUGCAGAUUAGUUUACCUUGAAAUAUCCGGUAACACUUUAUUUGAAUAUGGGUUCAUAAGACUGUAAUGAUUAUGACAUGACAC